AUGAGCCUGCGGUUCGACGAGGCCGAGCUGCUCAAGGCGUACAACCUCGACUCGCUUGAGCCUUCGCAAUGGCACACCACCGAGGCUGAAUCCGAUGCCAAGGGCGCUGCAUCGUCCAUGGGCGUGGCAGAUGAGCCCGACCCGCUCGGCCUGCGUUCGUCAAUGGCCACCUUCCGCGGCCUGCCCAAGGACGUCAAGACGCAGACAUCGCUCUCAUCCAAAGCGUUUGACGCCAAAGUCUUCCUGUCCACCAUCCACCCCGAUGCGACCUUCGCCGACCUGUCGCACGGCAUCCUCCACCUCAAGAACAGUAUCGACCAGCGCUCCGAGGCGCUCAAGGUGCUGGUCGAAGACAACUUUGACCGCUUCGUCGCCGUCAAGGCCACCACCGACGGCGUCUUUCGCGAGAUGCGCGACACCGAGUCCGGACCGCUGCAGCCCCAUGCGGACUACGGCGUGGCGUCGCUCAACACCAUCCUUGCCAACGCCUCGGCCAAGGCAGACCAGGUGUUCAUGCCUGUGCUCGAGAACAACCUCAAGACGAUCAAGCUGCGCUCGACGCUGGGCGUAUUUGAGCGCUCCAAGUUCUUCUUCAACCUGCCCGGCUCGCUGUCCGAGUCGGUCGAGAGCGGGCGCUACGACAUGGCGCUGCGCGACUACAAGAAGGGCAAGUAUCUGCUCGACAGUCGUCCGGGCCAGCUGCUGGCGGUGGGUAGCGCCAAGCUGCCCGAGUCGGCCGGCGGCGCGCGCGGCGAUGUGCAGCAGAAGCGCGUCUUCGCCAAGGUGUGGGAUGCGGUGGAGGCGACUAUGAAGGACAUGCAGAGCCGGCUCACCGCACAGCUGCGCGAGCCGCGCCGCAACGUCGACGAGCAGGAACGCACCAUCGAGAUCCUGCUCGAGCUCGAUCCCACGGACGAUCCCGUGUCGAUCUAUCUCGAGGCGCAGCAUCAGCAUCUGCGCAGCGUCAUGCGCAACACCUUCGACGCGGGCGUGAGCCGGAUCGAGGCGACGCGCGCGGGGCAGCGGCCGUCGAGCAGCGUCGCCGAACGCGACCGCGCGCGCGACCUCCAGAAGAGCAUGCGGCUCGCGGGCCAGCUCGACGCCAGCUUCGACAAGUGCACGGGCGCCGACGAGUGGCGUGCGAUCCGCGACCUGGUCAAGGCGCUCUCGGACACCAUGCUCGGCGGCCUGCCCAGCUUCUGGCGCGUCGCCAAGAACAACGCCGAGGGCAAGUUCAUCAAGACCAAGGCGCGUGCCGGUGCGGGCGCGGGCGGGGACAAGGUGUCGGCGCAGAACAAGGCGUGGGCGGUCGAGGCGCUCGAGGCGUACAUCAGCCUGGUGUCGCAUUUGUUCUCGCUGACGGACGUGUCGAUUCUGAUGCGCCAGCCGCUGCCGCCCGUGGCGGCGUGGGUGCCUGCGGGGACGAGUUCGGCGACGGCGGCGCACUUUCUGCGCGAGACGCUGGCGCACGUCGUGGAUGCGUGCAACGAUCUGGCGGGGCUAGGCAUCGCGUCGGCGACGACGCUGCGGGCGCUGCUCACCAAUGCACGCUUCUGCUUUGUGCAGGUGGUGUGCGUGCUGUGGCAGGAGGACGCCAAGAUCUUCCACCUGCUCGAGGACUGGACGCUCAAUCCGGACGAGCAGGCCACUACGCUGCAUCUGCGUGCCAUCGCUGCCUUCCACAAGAGCAACGCGCGCCAGGCAUUUCACCUCGCCGGAGGGCGGUCGGCAUCGACACCUGUGUCCGCACUCGAGGCGCGCGGCAAGAACCGCGCCGCAGAGCAGCCCGUGGCGAGCGAGUUUACGACGCGCAUCAAGGGCGCAUUUUUGGAUGCGCUCUAUGCCUUUCUCGACGGCAUGGUGCAGUUGGCCUUUUCCGAGUACAGCCCCUUGGAGCCACGCACGGCGUUGUCGGUGCAAGCCGUACCGGGCCAGCCGGGCAGUUCGGUCGACGUGCGGGAUCUUGACACACGCGUGCUAUUGAGCGUGACGAAUCUGGCGCACCUCACGCGCAGUGUGAUCCCCGGGCUGGUCAAGCAGUUCUCGGACGCAUACGCCGUCAAGAUGGAUGACGACCUGGCAACGCUAGCCGAAGUGGCGGUGCAACUCGAUGCGAUCCUGUUCAACGACUAUGUUCAGCGCAAAUCAGGCGCCCUCUCUCAGAUAAUAUCUCGGGGUAUUCUCGAAUCGUGUAUAGAUUGGGCGUCGAUUCCGAAGCCUAGUGGGGUGCAUUCGUUUAUCUACGAGGCGCUGCUGUCGCUCGUCGAGGUGCACGCGCACGUGCGCAGUAUCGCCAAACCACUCGUCACGCGAACCAUCACCACGCUCGUAGACGAUCUCACCGCCACCACGCUCGAUGCCUUCCAGCGCAUCGGAAGAUUUGGAAUGGGCGGUAUGCUGCAAGCCACACUCGAGAUCGAGUUUCUUCAUCAGACGCUGGCGGCGUACAUCUCGCCACAGGCGGAACAGCGGCUCAAGGACGUCUACGAGACCAUCUCGCAUAACUACGUGCGCACAUCGGGCGACAAGGACACCCUGAACGCUGAGCUCGAACGCGUCAAGCAGAUCCUCGUGCACACGCGCAAGUCGACCGCACUCGAGUUCCUCUGCUUCCGCAAAAACCGAGUCGCCCAACCAAAGGACAAGCCUUCGGACCAGUAG